CAGCCCGAGUCGCGGACAAGUCCCGCAGACAGGCGGAUCCGCGGGCAGCCCGCGUGCUGGAGGACCCCGGCGGCGGCUCCGGGUGGCGGGAAGGAGGAAGUUUCAAAGCCAGGUGGCCGCUGGGCGAGAUGAAGCUACACUGUGAGGUGGAGGUGAUCAGCCGGCACUUGCCGGCCUUGGGGCUGAGGAACCGGGGAAAGGGCGUCCGAGCAGUGCUGAGCCUCUGUCAGCAGACUUCCAGGAGUCAGCCGCGGGCCCCAGCCUUCCUGCUCAUCUCUACCCUUAAGGACAAGCGGGGGACCCGCUAUGAGCUAAGAGAGAACAUUGAGCAAUUCUUCACCAAAUUUGUAGAUGAGGGGAAAGCCACUGUUCGGUUAAAGGAGCCUCCUUUGGAUAUCUGUCUAAGUAAGGCCAAUUCCAGCAAUUUAAAAGGUUUCCUUUCCGCUGUGAGAUUGGCUCAUAGAGGCUGCAAUGUUGAUACAUCAGUUUCAACGCUCACAGCAGUGAAGACUUCAGAAUUCGAAAACUUUAAAACUAAAAUGGUUAUCACAUCCAAAAAAGACUAUCCUCUAAGCAAGAACUUUCCAUAUUCCCUGGAACAUCUUCAGACUUCUUACUGUGGGCUUGUCCGAGUUGAUAUGCGCAUGCUUUGCUUAAAAAACCUUAGGAAAUUAGACUUGAGUCACAACCAUAUCAAAAAGCUUCCAGCUACAAUUGGAGACCUCGUACACCUUCAAGAACUUAACCUGAAUGACAAUCACUUGGAGUCAUUUAGUGUAGCCUUGUGUCAGUCUACACUCCAGAAGUCACUUCGGAGUUUGGACCUCAGCAAGAACAAAAUCAAGGCACUCCCUGUGCAGUUUUGCCAGCUCCAGGAACUUACGAAUUUAAAACUUGACGAUAAUGAAUUGAUUCGAUUUCCUUGCAAGAUAGGACAACUGAUAAACCUUCGCUUUUUGUCAGCAGCUCGAAAUAAGCUUCCAUUUUUGCCUAGUGAAUUUAGAAAUUUAUCCCUUGAAUACUUGGAUCUUUUUGGAAAUACUUUUGAACAACUUGAAGUCCUUCCAGUAAUAAAGCUGCAAGUCCCUUUAACUUUAUUGGAAUCUUCUGCACGUAACAUUUUAUAUAAUAGGAUUCCCUAUGGUUCUCAUAUCAUUCCAUUCCAUCUCUGCCAAGAUUUGGACACUGCAAAAACGUGUGUUUGUGGAAGAUUCUGUCUGAACUCUUUUAUUCAAGGAACUACUACCAUGAAUCUGCACUCUGUUGCCCACACUGUGGUCUUAGUAGACAAUAUGGGUGGUACUGAAGCACCUAUUAUGUCUUAUUUCUGUUCUCUAGGCUGUUAUGUAAAUUCCUCUGAUAUGUUAAAGUAA